AUGUCGACGACGCCAAGCUUGCAACAUCUAUUUAAUCUUAUUCAGAGUGGUCAUGCUGAUUUAAAAACCGAAACAAAUAGUUUUAAAACUUCUAUUGAGAGUAAAAUAUCACAUUUAGUAGACGAUAUUAAAGAUUUAAGAAAGGAAAAUACUGAAUGUAAACAACGAAUUUUGGAGAGCGAAAGAAAAUUGAAAAAAUUUAAUUUAAUUGUCUAUGGAGUACAAGGUGUUGAAACUGAUACAACUGAUGAACUCUUAAAAGUUAUAGGAGACUACUUACAUAUUACAUGUAAUAAACAGCAAUUCCGUGAUGUGUUUAGAUUUGGUAGACAAGUUGAAGGAAAAAUACGUCCCAUUCUUUUUGAAGUGGUAAAUUAUGAACUUAAAACUCAAAUACUUAAUGCUGCUCGCUUAAUUAACGAGGAUUUAAGAAAAAUAAAAGUACUUUUUUUAAAUGAUUACGCCAAAGAAGACUAUAUUAAAAGAAAAUUUUUACAUGGUCAAUUAAAAGAGGCCAAAACCAUUCAUCCACAAGCCAAAAUAAAAAAAAAAUCUUUUAUAUUUAAAUGA